AUGGGUUUCCUGUGGUAGACCUGGUCAGGUUUGAAGAAUCAAGAUGGCGGCUCAAGAACCAACGAGAAGUUACACCAAUGAACAACUCAACUCUGAUGCUGUAUCCAAGAAGGAUAUCAUCAACGUCUUGCAAGCAAAUGCAACCUUCGAGUUCUUAAAAGAGAUGAAAUUGAAUGGCAAGCUGAACAAUGUUGCCAAGACGAGUAAGAAAGAUCAUCUCAUCAAUGCAUAUAAUGCAAUGUUUGAGAAGAAAGCAUUCAGGCAAUCUGAUGAACCAACCUUGGAAGAACAACUAGAGGAACAACUGGCCAAAAAGACAGCUGCUAUGGCUGUAGCUGAUGAGAAAAAGAAAGAAGCAGCUAAAGAAGCAGCUAAUACUGAAAAAGAGGAACCCAAGUACAAAAAGAUUAUCCUGAAACAAGGAGACAAGACGACAUACCCAUCUAAGAAUGACAAGGUGUCUUGUCUGUACACAGGAAAACUAGAAAAUGGCACUAUCUUUGACACUAAUUGUGCAAGUACUGCCAGAAAGAAUAGAAAGGGUGAAAUCAAACCCUUGAUUUUCCCAGUUGGCACUGGAAAAGUUAUAAGAGGGUGGGACGAAGCUCUUCUGACAAUGAGUAAGGGCGAGAAGGCUGAACUGCAUAUUGAAUCAGAGUGGGCCUAUGGAAGGAAGGGUCUCCCUGAUCAUGGAAUCCCACCAUUUUCCAAGCUGAUCUUUGAAGUUGAGCUUGUCAACGUUGCUGAUUAGGAUUACCUUGAUAUCCUGCAUGUAGCCUGACCUUUAACCCUGGUUGAAGAGUACCACCACUAUCUUGAUAAGAGGUCUAUAGAAGCUCUACAGUGUUCAAAGCACUAUCUGUUAUUAGACUGAUGUUUAGAUCAUUGUAUAUAAUGUUACUGCUAAUAAAAACACACAAAACACUGGUAA